UAAAUAUAAUUUGAGAUAUCUUUUUUAUUUUCAUUAAAAUUGCACUUUUCACACACCUCGAACAAAUACAUUCAUGUGAACGUACAUAACCUCAUUUCUGUUUGCUCUUUAGGAGUUCGCAUAUGACAGAUGUUUACAAAAUUGACUAUUAUAACCGUUUGUUAUUGUACUAAUUUGCUUAGUAAAGGAGCGCACACAGAUUGUAAAUUUACCUCGUUGUGCGAUUAUGAAUGAUAUCACGGUCGUUGGCACGUUAAUGUAAGAGCAGCGCAUUUAUAUAAAUAUGUUAAAUACAGCUCUGACAGAGGAAGAUUAGAAUGAUCACUAUUCGCGCCGGAGGGACUUCGUCGGCGGAAGCUUGACGAGAUCUCAUGAGAAAUCGCAGCGAUGGACGUGAGUGCGUUGUUCAAGGCCAGUGUGAAGGCGGUGAAUUUGCGCAACAAGGACCUUGGCACGCCGACAGCGGAUGGUCAGCCACGGAAGGCCAGGAGCAAAAGUACCUUCUGCGUGAAAGCGCAGGGAGUGGUUGUGCAGAUUUCUAAGUUGCGCGAGUUCUUGUUGGAGAACCGCAAGGCCUAUCUGAACUUCUCCAAUUACUUGUCUACCGCACCACAUAUGACAGAUGCGGAGCGUGAUGAGAUCGAUCUGGGCGCACAGCGAAUAAUGAGCACCUGCUCGCAACUGGUUAAGGAUCUGAAGCGGGAAGUCGCAGCGUCCACGGAGCAAAACGUCACUCAGCAAAAUGUCGAGCACCGCGAAAUCAUGCUGCUGCUGAUAGAGGACUAUCUAAAGAAUGUCUGCAAGAUAUAUUCUGAGCAGAAGGCGAUGCGGGUAAAGAGGACUAUGGAGAUGCGAAAGAUCGCCAAGCUACAGACAGAUUGUAAAACCGUCAAUCAGCCAUUAGCAACAGGAGCCAUAAAAUCGGCACUGAACACGGAGAAAUCCAUGGAUCAUGAUGUCAGAAAUGAUUCGAGCGACUCGAGUCCAAUGAAGAUCCAGGAGAUCAACGGAGAUGUCAAUACAUUGACAUACGAAGAAGAAUUAUCGGCCGAGGACGUCCAGAUGUUCGAGUCUGAGAACGAGCAGCUGUAUAAUGAAUUAAACAUGAUGACGGAGGAAGUCAAACAGAUCGAGAGCAAAGUGGUGCACAUCGCCGAGCUUCAGGAGAUCUUCACGGAGAAGGUUCUGGAUCAAGACAAGGAUCUCGACAGGCUGAUGACGACGGUAGUCGGUUCGACGGAAAAUGUGAAAGAGGCAAACGAACAGAUCCGUCAGGCGAUCCAACGGAACGCCGGUCUCAGAGUGUGGAGUCUCUUCUUCCUCCUGGUGAUGUCAUUCUCGUUAUUGUUCCUCGAUUGGUAUAAUCCGUAAGAAUUAGCUUUAAAAUCUAAAUAAGAGAAAGGAAUAUUUACAAAUGAUAGCUGGUGUGAAAUCUAUAAAAUAUAUCUUUAUUAUGGAUCGCACUAAUUUUUGGCAAUCGUUACUCUUAUAAGCGUGAAGAAACGCUAAAAGGACAACUGGAGAGAAAAAAAAAGAGAGAAAGUAUUUGCCAAAAUAUGUUGUUAUAUUUUAUCCCCGGACAUUAUUGUACAUAAUAGCUGUAACUUAAUGUAUAUAUAAUAAAUUUUGUAUAAUAUAUAUUUACUUAUAUAUGUACAUCAUCUCUACACAUGUGCACGUACAAAAACAUACGCCUACUUUACUAGUUUACUUUAAUAAAAUUCGAUUUUGCUAAUCA